AUGAAGUUUUUAUCAAAUAAAGCACGAAAAGACCGUGAGGCAGCAUGUUUUUAUCGGGAUAAGGAAGAGAAUGGAAGCGUAUGUUGGAAUUCACUAAAUCAAAAUCUAAGAGCUUGUUCGCCAUUAUACCAUACUGUCAAUCAACGGGCAUGCCGUCAGGCGAGCGACGUGCUUCCUUAUGAAAUAUCAGUAUAUGAACAUGGCCAAAAGAGCACUAUGCCUCAGACUUACCCAAAAGCAAGUAAACAGCACCGACACGAAGGAAGCGAUGGUAUAUCUCGAGCCGCCACAGCAUAUACAUGGCCUGAGAGUGCACGAGAAUAUUCUGCAUUGGAUGAUCCAGGAGAGUGGUGCGCAAGACAGCUUCUCAAUAUCGACUUGGACGUCCAAGAUGAGAAUGAAGCUAUAGUAACUGUCGAAUCCACAAGGAAAUACUGGAGUCUGGAAGAGCUGAAAUGUCUCCUUGACCAGCGGAAACUGCUUUGGGAUUCAGAUACCAAUAGUCCUGUUGCGUCGACAAACGAAAGGUCUCACUGGGGAUCUCGAAAACGCAAGCGACCUCAGUCUAUCGGAGAGGGAGAACCUGCACAGACCCCGAAGAUGACCAAAAAGCAUAAUAGUCAAAACAACGCAGAGCAUUAUGGAGUCAUUAGCAUCCCUGUCACUAAUCAUCAUGGACCGGCAUCUGAGCUGCCUGCGCUUCUUAGGAAUAGUGGAGAUACGGAUGGCGUGUCAAUGCACAUGUUGCAUGGGCAGCCUGCACCGGCGUCACCACAAGCCUUCGAACAGGCAGACAUCAUCGAGCCACCCACAAGCGACUUCACGCUUUACUCCGGGACAUCGAGCUUCAUUAGCUCCUCGCUGCAUAACCAAAAGCCGAAGUCUGUGAUACAGUCCCACGACUCCUGCGGCUUGAAAGAAGUAAAAGCAUCUACGGCAUCUGAAAUGAUUUGGCAUUAUGACGAGUCGCCGGCACAGUUUGCAAACAGGGCGAUGCCCCUGCCUAGAGACGAUUGUGCCUUGAUAGCACAGACUCUAAGUGCGGCAUACGAAGUGAUUAUGCACUCAGAGCAGGACCCCCUGUACCAAAUUCCUAAACACCUAACGUUAGACACACCAAUGAGAGAUGCUUCCUCCGGCGUAGGCGGCAAUGGAAACAUAUCUCAGGUGGCGGAUGAUUACCAUGGCUUGCCAGAGGGUUUAGCGUUCUACUGGCUCCCCGGGGUUGCAUCAGACACAGGAACUUUCUCGCAUGGUUCAUCUGACUUCGCCGAGCAAAAGCGCUCCCUGUGCCUCUCCCAGCCAACUUAUGCAGGCCAACUGCAGUACUUCACCGGACAAUUCUCAGAAGCUAGAUAUUCUACAGGAGAGACCCCAGAAGUCAUAAUGGCUGAGGCAGAGUUUAGACCGACCGCAGCCAUGGUCUCGGGUCUGCAGGAAGACCUUUUGGGUGGGCUGAAGGGGUUUUGGCGACAGCAGAAAUUGUAUUAG